AUGCCCAUUAAACUAACAUCUAAGGGUGCUAUCCAACUGACGUCUUCUAAUGUAAAUAAUACUGGCAAGACCAGAUCGACUCCAUUGCAUAGCUUGGGUGGAAAUAAUCCUUUCUUUCAUGAAAAACGGAGAUGGGAAGAUUCAUUUGAUACAGCUGAAAAGCAAGCCCUCCCAGGAAAUAUUGUGAAGGCUGCAAAGGAUAAAAACGGUGAAACUUAUGUAACCUUGCAAGAAGAAGAAUUUCUUAAGGUUUCUAGCAAACCCAAUUCCAUUCAUGACGAUGAAAGUCAAGAUAGUGAUGGUGUGGAGUCAACUGUAAGCAAGAAGCCUGGUAGAAAACCGAUGCCCGAUGAGGAAAUUACUUCAGAUUCUGAGCAAGACCCGAAAGUGAAGCGCAAAGCACAAAAUCGUGCAGCACAAAGAGCUUUUCGAGAAAGAAAAGAGCGCUAUGUUAAAGAACUUGAAGCCCGAAUAAAGCAGGUUCAAGAUGCUCACUUUAUUGCAACAGCUCAAUUAGUUGACGAAAAUCAACAGUUACGUGCCAUUAUAUACAAACUUGAAUCGGAAAAUUGUGCCCUCAAAGGUAUUCCAAUUCAACCUUACCAGCAUCUUUACCAGGCCCCGUCUUCAUCGCAAAAUCCUCAGGCUCAACAGCAUCUACAUUUAAAUACUGAUAGCAAUGCUGGCUCAGGCACUAACUACGCUCACAUUGCGCCACUAAUACCUAAUACUCCAGCUUCGACAGCGAUCUCUCAAACAGCCGUCAAAAAAACUCAUAAGAACAACCAACCGCUAGAAUACACGUUUUCUAUCAGUACACCUGCUUCUUUACGACACAACCAUGGAAAUGCGUCCUCUUCAUUCUCCAAG